GGGAGGAGUCGGAGUACAAAACGCGACCGCAGAGCCGCGGACUUCCACCCGCUCUCCUUCUCGGCGAUGGCCAUGAGCGUAACUGCUCUUGUUUCUGCUUUCCUGGGUUGCUCGGUAGCGACUCUCCUGCUGCUGAAAUGGCGGAGGAGGCGGCAGGUCCAGGACAAGAUAGCGAAGGCCAGGAGCCGGCGGGAGGGCGCCUUCCAGCAAAUGGAAAGAGCCGUUCAGCGCUUCCAAGAACAGAAUCCAAAUCAUCAACCAGAACCUAUUUUAUCACUGAGUUUGCCUGAACUCUGUCAGCAACUUGGGGAUGGUUCACUCACACCUGAGAGUGUUUUCUACACCUAUGUGGAUAAGGCCCUGAAAGUGACUGCAGAUGUCAAUUGCAUAACUGAUUACAUAGCAGAGAAUGAAUCCCAGCUUUGGCAUAUGAACAGCGAAGGGAAAAAAGGCUUGCUCUAUGGAGUUCCCAUCAGCAUAAAGGAUUCCAUUAACUGCAAGGGCUAUGACAGUACUUUGGGCUUUGCAAAGCGUCUCUUCCAGCCAGCAGCAGAAGACGCUGUUAUAGUGCAGGUGUUGAAACAUCAAGGAGCAAUUCCAUUUGUAAAAACAAAUAUUCCCCAAUCGCUGUUGAAUUAUGACUGCAGUAAUCCAAUCUUUGGGUCAACAGUGAAUCCUUUGAAUCCCACUAAAAGCCCUGGUGGAUCGUCAGGAGGGGAAGGAGCUCUUAUUAAAAGUGGAGGAUCCAUUCUGGGCAUUGGGACAGAUAUAGCAGGCAGCAUUCGUAUCCCAAGUGCCUUUUGCGGAAUUUGUGGUUUAAAAACCACUAGCAACAGAAUUAGCAAAAAAGGAAUUGUUCCAUCCGUGGCUGGUCAGAAAGGAGCUUUUGUUGGCUUGGGACCAAUGGCACGGGAUGUUGACAGCCUUGCUCUUUGCCUAAAAGCUGUCUUGUGCAAGAAAAUGUUCCAACUGGAUCCCACGGUGCCACCUCUUUCUUUCAACGAGCAAGUUUAUACCAGCUCUGGUCCCCUCAGAAUAGGGUAUCAUGUGACUAAUUCCUAUAGUAUGCCAAGCCCUUCCAUGACACGAGCUGUGCUGGAAACCAAGGAGCUUCUGGAAAUGAAUGGCCAUGUGUUGGUCCCCUUUGAACCGCUUCACAUGGCCCAUUUUAUGAGCCACUUAGUUACUGGAUCACUUUUUGGUGAUGCUGGUGCCACUUUACUGCAGUCUUUUGAAGACGAACCUGUAGAUCCAUAUCUAAGGAUUACCAUGCUGUUACUAAAGAUUCCUUAUUGGAUGCGAAGAGUCCUAUCCUGGAUUAUAAGACCAAACAGUAUUCGUCAGUCAAGAGCUUUGAGCAACUUGAAAGAAAGGUCUAUAAAAGAACUCUGGAAAUGUCACUUGGAAAUUGAGGAAUAUUGCAGAGAAUUCACUGAACAAUGGAAAAGACUGGAACUGGAUGUGCUACUUUGUCCAGCUAUAGGUCCUGCUUUUAAGAGCGGCUUUGCUGGGAAAAUACAAGAGGUCAUUGGUAAUACCAUAUUAUAUAACUACUUGGACUUCCCUGCUGGAGUAGUACCAGUUACAACAGUGACAAAGGAGGACGAAGAGGAGCUAAAGAGUUUCAAAGGACACUUCAAUGAUUUGGGGGACAAAUUCUUUGCAAAGGCAGUGAAAGAGUCUGUGGGACUCCCUGUGGCUAUCCAGUGUGUGGCUUUGCCGUGGCAAGAAGAAUUGUGUCUCCGGUUCAUGAAAGAAGUGGAGACGCUAACCAGAGAAAAAUCAAGGAAACAAUGAUAUGAUACCACAGCAAGCAGAAUGGAAUUCUUCCAUGCUAGCCAUGGACUCUGGGAACUGAUUUAGUUUAUACAACCAAGGGAGGUUACUAUGGACGAAUUUGUUGAGAAAAUGUAAGGGGAACAAUGAUUAUAGGGUUGAGCUUGACACCUUUAAAUACUUUCCAUUAAAAUAUUCAGUGCCAUUCCAGCCCAAUAAAUAUAAAAAAAUUACCAGGUCUAAAAUAAUUAAAAUUAGAAAGUCUUUAACUUACUUUUGGAAUCAGAGUGUCUGUGGAUGGAGCAGGUGGGAAACAUUUGAAGAAUUGAUUUUCCCUGGCAAUUAUGUACAUGAAUGAAAAGAAAAGUCAGACAUCUGAUUGUGUACUUGUGUAUGAUAUUCCAAUGCAAUGUAUUAUUAAAAAUAAAAUUUCCCUAAUCUUCCCUGAGCAGAGGUAUGAGAGUAUGUUUGUCAGGUAUCCAACAACUUAGCAAUAUAUUAAUCUUCAAGUAGUUUCAAGUGGUUUUAAGUUUGAAAAUGAAUAACUCUUGGCAUCGAUUCAGACAGGCUGAAGUCCACACAUUCUUUUUGCAGGACCAGUUUUUUAGCUUCCUAAAGCUCACUAUAAUUCAGCUAGAUUUAUUCGCUCAGUUUGAUACGAUUGCUGCUAAUACAACAUUCUUUUUUUUUGGAAUUAUAACUUUUUGUGAAACAAUGACAUGGCUUUUACUGCAAUUUCGAAUAUCUGUCAUCUAUCCCUUUAUAUUUCCUCAGCUUUAAUUCUCCAGAGCCUCUAUUUAUUUCCAUAUAGAGAAAAGAUAUGUCCAGUGUUUAUA